UGUCACAUUUUCACACGGCAAACAAAUCGAGCCCAAGUGCGAACCCACUGCCCGCCUCCCCCCUCCAGCGACGGUGGCCAUGCAGUGCCGCCGCCGCCUCGCCCCCCUCCUCCGCGCGCCGUCGCCCAAAACCCUCCUCCCCCUUCUCCUCUCCCGCCUCGUCUCCUCCUCCUCCCCCUCCUCCCCGCCGCCCUCUAGGGGCGGCGGGGAUGAAGCCGGGGACGGCAGCGUCGCCGGGGUGGCGGUGAAGCAGGUGACGCGGGGGAACCUGGCGGAGGCGCUGGAGGAGCUGCGGGCGCGGGUGCGCGACGCCGCGUUCGUCGGGAUUGACCUGGAGAUGAGCGGCGUCACCAGUGCACCGUGGCGGGACACCUUCGAGCUCGACCGCGCCGACGUCCGGUACCUCAAGCUCCGCGACUCCGCCAAGCGCUUCGCCGUGUUGCAGCUCGGCGUCUGCCCCUUCCGCUGGGACCCCGCCAAAUCCGCCUUCGUUGCCCAUCCGCAUAACUUUUUUAUCUUCCCUCGCAAGGAGCUUCCAUAUGACAGUUCAUCUCACGAAUUUCUCUGUCAGACCACUUCACUUGACUUCCUAGCAAAACACCAGUUUGAUUUCAACACGUGCUUCCAUGAAGGAAUAUCUUAUUUAUCCAGAGCACAAGAAGAAGAGGCUCUUCAGAAACUAAAUGUACUGCAUCAUGAUGGAAUAUCUGCAUUUCCAAAUACUUCUAAACAGGAAGAAGAUGUGCAGUUAAAGAGUACUGCUGAUCUUCUUUUCUCAGAGAGAAUGAAGAUCAGAUUUAAUGAGUGGCGUGAUGCGAUAAGCGCCAACCCCAGGGUGGAUAACCAUAAGUUAGGAAGCAAUAAAUUCACCACAGACCAAUUUCAGACAGUUUUCUUCAAAAUGCGCCCAGCUAUUAUGCUUGAUGGGUUUACAUCACAUCAAUUAAAGUUAAUUCAACAGGUUUUGAGAAAAAACUUUAGAGACCUCAUGUAUGUUUGUACAUUUGGCGAGGAUGAAACAUCAGAAAGGAGAGUAGUUUAUACAGACAACAACGAAGACAGUAUAUUAUUGAUGAAAGAUGUGCAAGAAGAUCUAUUCAGAAGAAGAAAAGCAAAAGUGGAAUCAGCAAUAGGAAUCCGCCAUGUCAUUGAUCUUAUUGCCUCAGAAAGAAAAUUGAUUGUUGGUCACAGUUGUUUCCUAGAUAUUGCACAAGUCUACUCCAAAUUUAUUGGGCCUCUUCCCUCAUCCAUUAAGGAAUUUGCCUUGGCUAUCAACAGAAUUUUCCCACAUGUUGUAGAUACUAGGCAUCUUAUGUCUGCCAGCGAUGCGGUUCAGCAUCUGAUGAGGCAGAAAAGCAAAGCACUUUCUUCAGCCUUCUCAUUAUUGUGCCCUGCAUUUCAUUCAACUGCUGGGGAAGCAUCUAUCCCGGCUCCUGUGAGAAUAGAAGUCGAGGCAGAUGAAACAACGUUAUCAUGCUUUGCUUCAGGUGCUAAGCAUGAGGCAGGGUAUGAUGCAUUCAUGACUGGAUGUGUUUUUGCGCAGUUGUGUGCCCAUAUUGGCGUCAAAUUUGAAGACUUCACACCUAAGGAGAACCUAGAGAUGAAUAAGAAGAUGAAGAAAUAUAUCAAUCUUCUGCCCCCUAGCUUUAACAGCGGAACAGUACUUGAUUUGCGUACUGGAAUGGAGAGAGCAGAUGCAUGUUAUAAGCUUAGAUAUCCUGCUGCUGUGCAUGAUAACAUUGUUCUCAUCUGGGGAUUCCAAUCUGGGCUGAGCGCAAAAGAUAUGAAGGGCUGCAUCUGCAAAGUGUUUGGCCCAGCUUCAGUAACGACCGUCUUCUCGAUCGAUUCCACUGCUGUUCUCAUUCAGUUCAGUAAACAAGAGUCUGUAAAUGAUUUCAUGGAUCUGAAGGCUACGUUGGAGAAGCAAGAUAGUGCUAUUUCACUCUUGCACCCUCUGUCAACUAUAUUAGAAGGAGGCCAAACACGAGCUGCAAACUAUGAUACCUACAGAGACAUCUGCAGCUCAUCUGUAACGAAGUAUUUCUUUGCUGAUCAAGCUAAUGCGGUCUGUUCGGCUUCAGAUACUGAGCUCAGAGGUGAGAACGUAGAUGCCGGUGAUGCACUGGGAACAAAUAGCGUUCUUGAUGAAACUGCGCAUACCUUGGUAAAGCAUGCAGAAGGAACCAAGCAUUGUUCCAAGAAGCAAGAUGCUACUGAUAUUUCAUGCCAAGACAUCUUGGAUGCGCUUCAAGAUGGUAAAACUUUAUUUGGUAAACAAACCAGGCGGACAUGACUAACAUGGAUUACUCUCCGAGUAUGGUAUACUUUGCUGUGGCCUGACUGCUCUGAAUAACUAUUGUUUCAAAGAGCAUUUGUUUUGUCGAUGUAUUUUUUGAUGCUACUCCACCACUGUAACUGUGCAGUAAAGAAUAACCUUGUACUGACGCAGCAAUGACUUAUUUUUUUUCUGAUCUCA